AUGUAUUAUGGUCAGUCUCUGUCUGGUUCGCAACAGUCGAAACAACGUGGUGCUCGUCAGCGCCAUCGAUUGACUUCAGGCAAUGGCUCUAAACCUGUUGCAGCGAAGAAGCAUCUUGAUCUCAAUGAUCCUGAUUUGUUUCCUCGUCUUGGUUCACAAGCAGAUUUGCAGGCAAGAAGCAGAGGUUCUGCUCAGUCUCGUCGUCGCAUCAAUCCCACCCCUGUCUCCUCUCUCUCCAGCAGUCAUCCUGCCAUAUCAACUCCAAGUCCCAGCUCUCUUGCAUUUGCCAUUUCUGAGGAAGUAGCUCCCAAACGACAGUCAUUUGCCAGCAUAGCAGCCAACAAAGUUAACAAAUGUGUGUCUGACAAGCCACUAGCCUCCACAACCAGUGAGAUAACCGAUCACGUGGAUUGUCUGGAUCGUUUGUCAACUACAGCAGUGCAGUCUGCUGCUGUGCUUGUUCAUCCGAGUCGUGUCUGCUGCAUGUCUCAGUUGGAGAGAGUUAGUGGUCUUUAUGUUGCUUUAAUCAAAGAACAUUGGAUUGCAAACGUGUUUGGUGAGAUGUAUUUUAUUGUGCAACUUCUUACCGCUGCAUCAGUCGAAAGCAUCAAUUCUAGUUCUUCAACAAGUGAAAUAGGCAUCACUUUAUUCCACAACGUGUCCGACUCUGUCCAUUUUGCAGUGUCUGUGUUGGAGCAACUCAGCAUAGCAUAUUGUAUGCUUGGUGAGAAAACAAUUGGACUUUUGGCAGAGAACAAUUGUGUAAAGUUGUUUAAACCAAGUUUGUCUGAUUAUUUUGCUACGAUGAGAGACAGGAAGGAGGCAAAGAUUGAGGCCAACUGUACAUCGUCUCUUUCCUUUCCUGUUCCUUUCUCCUCAGUUGGCCAUGUCGAUCAGUUUCAUCGUCAACUAUUUGCCAGCGAUCGCUCAUUUCACAACUUCAAAAAACAGAGGGACGUUCUUCAUGCCGUCAUUCGAGAAUGGGAGUCACAUUGGCUCGAUCCAGAUUGGACAAUUGGUGACUGUUUUGGAGCCACACUGAGACUGAUGGCCGAUCAGCUGUUCCAUCAUGGAAUAUUGUAUCAGUUUACGCAGUUGUUUUUGCAGCUUCUUCUCCAGUUGGCAAGAGCGGAUGGUCCGAUGGUAGCGAAUGAUGCUGCUAGUUUGCCUGCAGAGUAUGGACGAAUGGAUUCGUCGAAGUUGAAAUGCCUUGAAGAACGUCUAGUAAAACCCAUAGUCCAACAAGGUCCGUGUCCACCUCCAUCGUUUCCCACCUUCCAGAUUUGCUUCAUUGACAUCAUUCUUUCUGCUCGAAGUCCUGCAUUCAAUCAACAUCUCGUCGACCAACUUGCUGCUGAAAUUGAGAAAAAGUGGAAAUUGUUAAUGUCAGUUGUUUGUGACAAGAAACUUGAUCAUUUGAUGAGCUACAAAAGCAUUCGAGACAUACUAUUUGAUUUACAUGUCUUUGCCAAGUUUCUCGGCUUCAUUGAAUUUCUUCCCUAUCGCUCUCCUUCACGUUUCCCAUCAACUCAAUCCACCAAAUCUUCACUAAGACGCAAUGCAAACUUGCAUUGUGAUGUUGUCAACAUGUUAGAAGAUGCCGAACAAAACGGUUGCUUGCUUCUCGCGGUGACAUUCAUCGUUCACUAUAUAUCACAGAUUGAUGUGAUUACACUACACACACCUGCCGGCAGAAAUGCAGUGAACAAGCUAUUUGCGGUCUAUUGUUUGUCAGCAUCGUGGGAGUCGACUCUUGCCACAACGGCAUUGGUUUUCUGUCUCGGGUGGCUAUUUGAGGCUUGCAUUGAUAUUCAGGGCAUGUUUUAUGCGGCAGGCAAAACAACAGCUACAUCACGUGACAAGGUUAUGGACGACAGAUUUAUGAUGACAACUGAUGAUUUAGUCACAAUUUGUCCUUUCAUUGAUGAGCUUCACGUGUUGCUGUUGCAAUCGGCUGCAGGCGUAGGAACACGAUCAAGUUCGUUAAGGAAGAUAACGCCAAUACAACAUGAUCAACUGUCUUCUGGUCAACGGCUAACGUGCAGUAAAAUACAGAGAGAUUUGCGUGACAAUUUUUUUCGCAAUCAACCCAAGUACCUAAAGGAUCUUGUCACCAUGUGUACUCAAAUAAUGACAGCAACCGUACCUCGAGAUGUGUGGGAGACAGUAGAAGAACACGUCACUUCACUGGUUACAGCAUCCAUAGAAAGAAGGAAGGAUAGAAAUGGUGUGAGAGGUGCAGCAUCAUUGUUACCAUUUGUCAUGGAAGAUGUUGUGGUUGAAUGUCACAUUAAGAUGGACGAAACCUUGGAAAAAAUUUGUAAGGAAAGAGCAUGUCAAGCUUUGUCUGCUCUCAUGGCAGCGUCAACACCGAAACAGGUUGUAAGAGUGGCUGCUCACAUCAUAUAUGAGGAAGCAAAGCUGUCGUGUACAAAAUCAUUACAUUCUAGAUUCUCAUCUGCUGUUGAGACGUUUGUCUUUCAUCUUAUGAGGCAGCAAGUUGCCAACGAGAAGCAACAUGAUGGGGCUAGUUGAGCGACAAUAUACAUGCUGUGUAUGUGGCCAUGCAGCUGACCAUGUCAGUUUGUCUCUCUUCAGUGGAGAAGGCUGAAUUCAUUGUAAUCGAACUCAGCAACACCAAGCUUGGCAUGCCAUCAGGGCACGUCACCAUAUUUCUGUUUUUAUGUUUUGAGAGACACGAGAAAAGUACUUCAAGGUGAUCUAAUGGAUUACAUUUUUAUAUUGAUAUCAAUAGUGAGGUAUAAUAAAGGUAAUUUAGUU